UUGAAAUCACUCCCUCCUGUCAAAGAGGUUGAGACUCGAGAGGGUGAACAAAAUUGAAAAAAGUCCCAAAAAGCAGAACGUCUACUAAAAUGUUGUAAUGAGAAAAUUUAGUCGAAACGCGGUCUUAAAGCAAAUAUUGGGGGUAGUCAUCGUAAUUCAGCCAAAAAAUUAGGUUUUGAAAGCGGGUAUUCAUAGUAUUGUAUAGGAGAAGAAGAAGAAGAAGAAGAAGAGCCGUUAUCCGGAUUUUUCCUUAUUCUUGGGGUUGAAAUGGGAGGAGGGGAAAGAGGGCCGUAUAAUCUUGAGAAUGAUGAAGAAAAAGAUGAGAGUGGUACAACAACAACCACGACUACAGGAACGACUGAAAUGACAACAAGAAUGAGGAUAUUCGUGGGGGAUUUGGGAUUGAAUGUGAAGGCGGAAGAUCUGCAAAACACUUUCUCUUGCUUGGGGAAGCUUGAAUCUGUGGAGAUCAUUCGCAACCAAGGCCGCAGCUUCGCUUACUUCGACUUCGUCCCCUCGUCCCCCAAAUCUCUCUCCAAACUCUUCGGCACGUAUAAUGGGUGCAAGUGGAAGGGAGGGAGGCUGAGACUUGAGAAGGCUAAAGAACAUUAUCUUCUUCGCUUGAGAAAGGAGUGGGCAGAAGAUGCUAAAUUUACCAAUAGUGAACCUAGUAACACCGGAACUAGAAAGACGGGUUCUCCUGAAGAGUUCAAUAAUAUCUUGAACCCAGAAAAGAGGGAAUUUCGGCUUUUCUUCCCCAAACUAAAAAAGGUGAAAGAAUUGCCCUUCAAAGGGACUGGCAAGCACAAAUACAGUUUCCAACGAGUAGAAGUUCCUCCUCUGCCAGUUCAUUUUUGUGAUUGUGAGGAGCAUUCUCAUCAUUCUUAUACUGCCGAAGGAAAAGAUUUUUUGGAUCUUGAAGCACAAGGUGGUGGGUUAGAUAAGAAAGAGCUUGAUAUGAUGAAGUUGGUGAUGAACAAGCUCCUUGAGAGGGAAUAUGUUCCAAAGACUUCAAGCGAAGGGGCUGGAUUGGUCAAGGAGGGAGACAAUACUAAACCGGUUGAAGACCUGGUUAGCGAUGGGAAUGAAACAUAUGAUAUAACAGACAAUGUCACUGGAUCAGUUGAUUACCUGGUUGCUGGUGAGAAUGAAAUGGAUAAUAUGACUGAUGAAGACGACCUCAUAAUCAAUGUGGUGGCUGGGGGUAAAAAAGGAACACAGUUGUCAGGGAAAUGGGCACAAGAAGUAAAUUUGUCAAAUGAGGGGAAAAUAGUUGAUGAACUGCAAGCUUCUAAACACAGGCCAUCCGAGCAUGUGCUCAAAAGUCAGGGAAGGAGGAUUAUAGCUUCUGACAAGAAGAGAAAAUCACCUCCCAGGGAAGAGGCUCAUGGAAAUAAAUUUCUCUCUGCUAACCAGUCCGGGAGGGAAGGGAGUACAAAAAAAGCCCAUUUACAUCAAACGGCUCAACCCAUAGAAUUAGAAUCAGGUUCCCAAACAACAAAUACAAAUUCAGGGUCAAAGAAGUUUGCAUGGAGAGAUCUCGCUGGUGGAAGGGGCAACAAUUCGUUCAGCAUCUCCGAUAUUAUGCAAAGUACUGUUCCUAAUAGAGAAAAAUUCGAGUCUGAUGGUUUUAAUGUGCCCGACAUGAAAGAGUGCCAAAACGAGAAUGCGGUAAAGAAUAUAAACCUGGAAUCCCAAUCCAACCUUAUUGAAAAGACCGAGGAACUUGCUAUUGCUCAACCGACUAAAUCGUAUGCAGAUGUAAACAAAUAUGCUAGAGGAGCUUCUUGGCUACAAAAGUCUUCGUGGACCCAACUGGUCAGUGAGAAACAUGGUUCAUUCAGCAUAUCGCAACUUCUGCCUGCUACAAGUUUGGAAAAACAAGAGCAGGUUGAGCCGAAGAGCGCCGCAAACUCAAUUGGAAGUACACACAGCAAGUUGGUUAAGACAGGUACCUGUGCAUCGGUUGAAGAUAGUUCUAAAGCUUCGAGAGUUGGCAACAAGGAUAUCGUCACUGCUCUAGAUAGCUCCAAUAUGAUUGUUUUGGAUACUAUCGCUCUGGAUCCUGAGCCAAAUCUUCCAAAACAUCUGCAGACUUUGGGAGAAACCGAUGACAAGACUGCUCCAAAAAAAAAUCAUGCAGCGGCAGAGCAACUGUCUGUCAGAAACUUUACAACUGAUGGAACUUGCUUGUUCAUGAGGAGUGCUGCUUCCAUGAGGGAGUGGACGAAGGCUAAAGCAGCUUUAAGUGGGUCACUCAAGAAGCAAAGCAAGAAGCAAUUGAUUUAAGUGCUUCAGAUAUGUUUUGAGUAGCUAGUGCAGUUGACUUCAACCAGUUAGAAGUGCACUCGAGAUUUGAGGUUAACUCUGAUACCUAUGGACUGCGAUAUUUCCAUAGUCAGAUAUGUUAAUUUGUGUCCAUUUUAAGCUUUAAUUUGGCAUGUGGCGUGGUUAUAUCAGAUGCUAUAGUGGCACAUUUCUUUGCCAAAAGGGCAGUUGCAGACUGCCCUACGUUCUUGUUGCCUAUUGCAUUGAUUGCAAGAUAAAUUUAUACAUCAGUUUUCAGAAUGAAUAAAUCAGUAUCUUCUGUUUCACAA